CAGCCGCAGCUAGCAUGCGUGCACGGAUAAAUGUAUGGACUAUAGGAUUUGACAUUUCCUGAUCAUUCCUGAUUUCUCACUCAGUUCCCAAUGACCUUGACACCAUGAGCCGGUCGGCCGCCCGCGACCAGCUUGCUCCUCGCUGCGCUUUUCUGGUACGUCCGGGCAUGCAUCAUCAUAAACAUCAAUCAUGAUCUUGAUCACAAUGAUCAAGUGAACGAGUGAUGAUCAGUUUUACUUGUUUGACCAGUACCGUGUCCUACACUUCAUCAUGGCAAGUCACAUAGGCCUUAUCCGCUGUCUUUUACGAGCUACAAGUACAAGAGCCACUCACAGACUAAAGUCCUAUGAUUAUGUAUCAGUCAUGUCAGUUGAGUCGCAUCUUGAAACCAGAGCCAGCAGUGGUAGAUGCUUUCACGAAGCUGACCAGAACCAUCCAAGAAGCACGUCCAGUUACAGCCAUGGGCGAUUUUCACAGAAUAGAGACUUUCAGACUACAUCCAAAGUCGCGGCCUCAGCUCGGAAAGAAUGGCUCCCGGAGACGGACGAAUUGUACUCCCGACUUCGAGCCCAAGCAGACAGAGAUGGAUGGGUGCAAGUGAGGAACACUACCACGGACCCCAGACCGUCAAGGUAUUUUUCCAGGGUCGCAACGGAAAACGGGCCCGUGAUGCAGUACGCCAUGUUUCUGCAGAAAGACGAGAGGAAACUGAUGGGAGUUUGUCAAUUUGGAGAGGAAGCCCAAGGGCCCCAGGGGUUUACUCAAGGGGGUGCUUCAGCCACAAUACAUGAUGUCAUCACUGGACUGCUCUCACAGGAAGUAUAUGCAAAGUUUACCGUCACAGCGUCGUUAACUGUUAACUUUAAGAGACCCACUCCGUUGCGAUCUGCUGUACUGAUGGAGGCAAACGUCGACAAAAUUGAAGGCCGAAAGGUUUUUCUCAAAUCAUGCCUUAAAAGUCCUGAUGGGGCAACACUCUAUUCAGACUGCACUGCCUUGUACAUAAUCAUUGAAGACAAACCGCACGCUGUGGAUAUUAAAUAUAGUUCACCUGGAUGAAAAUGGUCAGUUCUACCAUGCAGAUGCAAUUGUGACAACCUCGACUCCAUAGGCUGUGUGCUCAUUCAGUCACUAACCCCUGGCUGUCUAGAAUACGAAAACAAUGUUGAUUGACUAUUCAGAGCAUAUUGCAUGCAUAGUUCAAAGGCUGCACGUGCUAUAUGUGCUCCUGUAUCUUCUGACUUCUGCUCGUCAGGUAUGAACAUUUUUUUGAAGACUGCGCUGCCUAUGCCAUGGAAAGUGUGGAAGCCUCUUUUUUCACCAAAAAAACCUGCAACUUGUGUUGGAAAGGGACGACAGAGGUACGCAUGUUAUAAAUUCUAGCAACGCGACGUCAAAAUCUCAUCUUUGCUAGGAUUGAUUCAAAAAUUUGGAUUCUUCAAAAUUGAAAGUACUGCUUCACACGUUGACUGCCGUCCUGAUUUAAAUCUCCCACAUAGUGGGAGAUUUGAAUUACAAAAUACCAGGGGUUAAGAUCGUGCAAGGCAUGGUGGGAACCAACAUAGUGCAGCAAGAUCGUACCCAUGGGGACGAGGUUGCAAUUAUGAUUGUUUAAUGGAACAACUACAAGUCUCCAUUUCAAAAGAAUCUCUCAUAAUACUUCACGUUUUGAAAGUUAACACUUGGAUGAAGUUUUUUAAAUGUGCGCUUUGGUUUUUGCUUUGUGUAAAACUAUUUUAUCAAAAUAAAUAUACCUUUAGUUGUACUUUGUACAUGGGUCAAAGGUAAUUUAUUAUACAAGACAAUGAGUACUUUAACUUAACUUGGAUGAGUGAGCUUGUUGUCUGGACUCGAGUUAUAUUUUAAUUCUGAAAUAAUUGAACACCAAGUCAUCAACAGAUAUUAUUGAGAACAUACUGUCUUGAUUUGAGUUAUAUUUAAUUAUGUAGUAAUUGAAAACCCAGUAUGUUGUCUGGACUCGAGUUAUGUUUAAUUCUGAAAUAAUUGAACACCAAGUCAUCAACAGAUAUUAUUGAGAACAUGCCGUCUUGAUUUGAGUUAUAUUUAAUUAUGUAGUAAUUGAAAACCAAGUCAACAACGUACAUAUUUUUUUAACAUGUUGUCUGGACUCGAGUUAUGUUUAAUUCUGAAAUAAUUGAACACCAAGUCAUCAACAUAUAUUAUUGAGAGCAUGCUGUAUUGAUUUGAGUUAUAUUUAAUUAUGUAGUAGAAAACAAAGUCCUCAACAUAGAUAGUUUUUAACAUGA